AUGUCUGAUUCAGAUAGUGACUUUGCUAACGAUGACGAACAGGAUGAACUCUUGCAACAAUAUCUAACUAAAUCACAAGCACCAAUAAAUCUAUCCACGACACACGAAGAAGAUGAUACAUUGAUUCAACAACAUCAAACAGUAACUAAUCAAUCUAUUGCAUCUCAGUUCUUACAACAACAACCAAUCAACAAUGAAAUACAAGCCAAAUUAUUCCAAGCUGAUGGAGAAAUCGCCACUUUGAAAGCCCAGUUGGCUCUCUUGCAGAAUUCCAAACGUGAUGAAUUAAACACACUACGACAAUCAUAUGACGCGUUGAAAAGGACUAAAGAUGAGGAAGCUGCGGCUUUGAAAGAAGCGGUAUUGAAAUUAGAAGAUGAUCGGAAAUUUUUAAAGAAUGAAUUGGUAACAACAACAGCUUUGAAAAAGAGGAAGAUUGACAAUAACUCACAACAAAAUGGAGCUCAACCAAGUACAGAGGCAGACAAACACGCAAUUGAAGCAAGUUUGGAGUCAGAUGCAAGCUUGGCAUCAAUAGCUAGUCAAACAAUUCAAAAAGUGAUUAGAGUUCAACACGAAACGUCUACCUUGAUUGAUCAAAUUUGGACAUAUUGCAUUCCUGGAAGCAAACGGUCAUCAAUUGAAUAUUUAUCAAAGAUUUGUUUUGAUUUUGAUAUUGAUACAUUGUAUGGAUACAAAGUUCAACGAAAAACUGCAUUAUCUUCAUUUGUAAGCAAUGUUUUGAUGUCAAUGAAGACAGAAAGGUUAGAUGACUUGAUUGAAAGAUUUUCGGUUUUGUUAUUGAACAUUAUUCAAGAAGCAAUCGCUCACAAGGCAACGCUCUCGGUGCCCUUCUUUGUAUCAUUGCUAUAUUGUACAGUUAGUUUUCGACCAGUUGCCGUUACAGAGUCGGUCAUUGUUAAACUAAUACAAGAAAUUUCGCAAUUGUCAUUAAAUUACUUGUUUUUGCUUAACCCCAACUUGGAAGAAGAGGCUGAUUUUGACAAUUAUCAUGAUGUGCCCGAUCAGAUCAUUUCUAUUGAACGAUUUAUCUUGAUUUGUUGCUUAGAUUUGAUUGAAAAAUUGACAACCAUAUGUUCAAUACAUGGUAGUGAAUUUAUUCACCUGAUUUGGACUGACCACCACAUAUUGCCUCAAGCUCUUGUCACUUCUUGUUUGCCGCAGAAUGCUGAACGGUUUAAAUCAGUGGCUCAAAUAAAUCUUGUAUCCAAUGUUGUUGAAAUGCUCGUGGCAUCGGUCACCGAAGAGACUUUUGGGUUUAAUGAAGCAGUAUCUGAUUUUAAUUUAAUCGCAUCAUUGAUGAAGAUAUUCCUCAUUGAAAUUCCUAUCAAAGAUGGAUUUAGAUUCUAUGGAUUGGCCCGAUUCAGUGGGAACAAUUGCGAUUUAAAAAUGAUUGAUUUGACAAUACCUACGAGCCAUGAUAAUUUAAACAAUUACCUAGUGACAAUCCCUCAACCGGUUUAUAAAGACUUGGAUACUGAGUUGAACCGAUCAAAACUUCAACUAAACCAUGAAGCACACCUCUUAAAUCUUAAAAUUAAAGUAUGUGAACUAUUUCAAUCGAUAAUAAUAACCAAACAGACGAUUGAUUUCCUAAUUGAUAAAGAACACUUUAAGUCUUUGACAAGAAUCAUUAAUCUCGAACAGGCUUUUAUGGCAAGUUGUCCCCGAUCACCCGUUAUCCAUUCACGAGUCCAUUUAAUUGGUCAAAUUGUUAAAAUUAUCAAUUAUCUAACGCAGGAUUUACACGAAGCCAGUGAUUUGAUAUAUAGUGAAACCAUGUAUGAGAUGUUUGUUGCAUUACUGCGAAUUGCAUUUGGAGCUGAUUCACUAUCGACGGAAGCUCACAAAUUAUUAGUUAAAAUACGAUCACAGGGCCAUUUUGAUAUUACUGUGCUUAACAGAUCAUGUGAAAUUAGAGCUCGACAAUUGAAUCAUUUGACAUCAACAGAUUACUAUUCGAGAGAAGGAGUUGUUGUUGGUGGUAAACUACUUGCCAAUGUUGAAAGUGAUUAUGCUAAUGGGUUAGAGUUUCCAUACGAAUCAGAAACAGUUGAAUUGAGUCGAGAAAUUUUAAACCGAUUUGUAAAUCAUGAAGAAGCGGAUAAUUUAUACUUCAAUAUGAAUUACGAGUCACAGUUUGGUGAUGGUGAUGGUGAUGGUGAUGGGGUUGAGAAUUUUAGCGAUAUUGAAAUGAAUAUAUAG